AUGAUCAUCGAUUUUGAAGGCUCUGCUGUAUGGCUUUAUGGUCCUCCUCGAAGCCAGAUUUCCAUAAUUCCAGUUGAAUAUAAAAUAUGUCUGCGCGAGAACCAUCACAUGGCGUCCGACGUCUUGUGUUACCGAGUGAACGUCGCCGAAGCCUACUCGCACGAAGACAACUACGAAUCUCCGGUGGUCAUAUUCGCCAAGGGUGACCUACAACCGCAUGAACACCGGAUCGUCAUAUCCGUCGCAGAGCCUGUAGGCGAAGUAUCCCAGUACCAAGGCAUCCAGUUCUCUCACGCCGUGUAUACGACUGAGCGGCCAACGCCAUGGCCGAUCGAGCAGGAUGCUUGGCGCUUUAGACAAGUGAUUAUGCACGACACUCAUCCACUUCUCUCUUAUUGGCCCAGAGAGCCAGUCUCCUCGGGUUCAUCAAAGAUCCCAUUUGAAUUUGGAUGGUCACCCAAGACCUAUACUGCUGAAGACGGGUCCCGUGUAACUUGGCAUGAGCUUCGGUCCCGGGACCAAGAGAAUCGAGAUCGUUGGGGAGUAGACGCUACGAUCAAAGCCGGCGUUGUUGAACUUUACGGAGUUCCAAAAGCUCACAUCACGGAUACCGACUACCUCAGUCCUAUUUGCGUUCGAAUCAACUCGGGGAACUGCGAAAUUGUCGAUCUCAAACAUGCAUACCUAGAGACAAAUCAUCGACACGAAGCAGUAUUGCUAUGGCGGAGUGAUGCUCUCGAUCCGGAUCUCAGGACUCAUAUUGCUGUUCGGUUGGUCGAAUCAGAGGGGAAAGACAUGUCCGUAUUCCCAUUCAAAGAGAUUAGGUACUUUGAGAAGCAAGAGUACUCCAGCCCGGACCUUCCCUCGGUUCAGACGAAAACCGUCUCGGUCUCGCACGAUGAUACAGCUGUUGUUUAUUAUCCCGGAAGACGAUGCCUGGCCUGGACAGGAUGGUGGUGUUCAGACUGGUUCGACCCGUGGGUCUGGAAAGAAGCCGCGGAAGGGUUCACGUAUCGGAGCACGGUCUGGUCGUAUCGUGAGAGCGAAGAUCCAAGCAUCACGCUUGAAUUCCAAGGAUCGGAGGUACACGUUUACGGAGCACCGAAAUCGCUAGUAAAAGGCCCGUUGGCAUCACAGCAUGUAUGCAUCAACGACGUAUGCCACCUGAUCGAUGCCGAACAAGCGUACCUAAAUGCUCCGACUAGCCUUAUCGAAUCCUCUUCUAUCAACUCCACAUCUUUGACGCUAUCCCCCAAACUCGAACCCGUCCUGCUUUGGAGUCAAACAGGACUCGACGAUCAAACUCAGCACACGCUGCGACUUGCGCUUGCUCCUUUACACUCGCAAGACGAUGCGGAAAUGACCAUUGCAAAGAUCACGUAUACGAGGUUCUCGGGACAUUCACGGCCUGAUACACCCAUACCUCCCCCAGACGAAUCUUAUGAAGGUCCACUGUUCCCACCUUAUGCGGAGAAAUGGGCACCGAGACCUCCGUCGCCGCCGCCUAAGCAUGAACCAAAACCAGAACCAGUUCCCCAUCCACAACCUUCCACCUCGCAUUCCCAUCCCGAACCGGAGCCAACCUACCCCUCAACGGCACAUCCGGUUCCGACCGGUAGUCCAGGAUCCACUCACCCACAUCCACUACCGUCUCCUGAAUCAGAGCCCGAAUCGCCCUCGUUGUUCUUCACGUUGCUCGGUUGGUCGCUUUUCCUGUUUGGCUUGGGCAGCCUCGUAGUAGCCAAGCGACGUCUCGAUCAAAAGAGGAGAGAGUUGCAGUGGCUGUUGGAUGCGAGACUCGACCAGGCUCAUUUGAAUUUCGAAUCAGGACAUUGGGGAUCCACGAUUUACGAGGGCACGUCCACUUAUGGGGGAACGAAUCCCGGGUAUGGGUCUGUUCGCGGAGGCCCAACGCAUUAUGGGAGGCCGUCUACCCCGGGAAGCACAGCCCCACAGGGGAGCUCAGGUUUGAACUAUGGUCAACCACCGCCCUCACACCGUGGUGAUGGGAGUGUUUUUUCGGGGACAUCCACGCGUUUGCCUACCUAUUCCGAUGUCAUCCGCGAGCAGCAGACACGCACCCAGCGAACGCAGACGUUUGUAGCUCAGCAGCGCGGUGGACGCCGAUAA